AUGGGACAGUUACUGUCACAUCCAUUGACCGAAAAAACUAUUCAAUACAAUGACUAUAAGGACCAUAAACCGUCCACACAGGUGUCUAGUUUAUCGCCGCGAUUCUUUAAUUGUAUCGGUUCCAUGCAAGGGUAUAGACUAACUCAAGAGGAUGCACAUAUGAUAAUUAAUGAAGACGAUAGUAUACAUGUAAAAUUUUAUGAUCCUUUCAAAGAUCGUGUGGAGAUAUAUAUUUUAAGUCUAUUUGCUGUCUUUGAUGGACACGGUGGAUCAGAUUGUUCAGCAUUCCUCAGCGGGGGUAAAGAUGAUCGUGGUUAUAACCCAAAGAGUGGACUAGCUAAAUGGGUCACUUACGCUUUCGAGAAUCAUCAUUACGGGGCAAUGGGUACCCAUAAAGUAGGAGAUAUAAAUUCCGUAAUAAGGUCUAAAGCGAAAAAUAAUGAUGACGAUGGGAAGAUCAAACGAGUAUUCCGGACGUUAGAAGGGUUAAUAUCACAAAUAUUUAAGGAUUCAUAUAUAUUACAGGAUAUCGAACUUUACAAACACUUUGCCAACAGUACUUGCGGGUCAACCGCUGUAAUGGCUGCAAUUGUGAAUGGAGAAAUGGUCUAUGUCGUAAAUUGUGGUGAUUCUCGUUGUAUUAUAUCCUCAAAGAGUGAUGGAAUCAAGACAAUGUCAUACGAUCACAAACCUCAACAUAUAGGUGAAUUAUUAAGAAUUAAUGAUAAUGGUGGUACAGUAUCCCUAGGAAGAGUAGGGGGUGUAUUAGCACUUAGUAGAGCAUUCAGCGAUUUCCAAUUCAAGAGAGGUGUACAAUACAAUAGCCAAAACAAGAGAAAUGUGAAAGGGAAUUAUAUAAACAACCUGGCAAUAGCUCCUCAGGAAGCACAAGUUACAGUAGAACCAGAUGUCUUAAUGCAUAGAAUCGAUUAUAAAAAGGACGAAUUUCUCGUUUUAGCCUGUGACGGUAUAUGGGACGUAUACAGUAAUAGACAACUGAUACGAUUUAUUAAAUAUCAUUUGACACAAGGUAUAAAACUUGAUGGAAUCAUACCGAAACUUUUAGAUCACGGGAUUGCACAGGCAAAUAGUAGCACAGGGGUUGGGUUUGAUAACAUGACUGCUAUAAUAGUGGUACUAAACAAGAAUGGUGAGUCUCUUAGCGAUUGGUACACUAAAAUGAAGAUAAGAUUGGAAAGAGAAAAAGGUCUAGUGUAA